UUGCUCAUCACCACCACAGAACGCAUAUAGCCAUGCCAAAGAAGAGGGAGAAGAAGACGGCCAAGGGCCGUCUCGACAAGUUCUACUGGCUAGCCAAGGAGCAAGGCUUCCGCUCUCGUGCCGCCUUCAAGCUCGUUCAGCUCAACAAGAAGUUCAACUUCCUCGAGAACGCUCGCUGCUGUAUCGACUUGUGUGCUGCUCCUGGAGGAUGGCUCCAAGUAGCAAGCAAGCACAUGCCCCCCAACUCGCUCAUCGUAGGAGUCGACCUCGUACCCAUCAAGCCAAUCCCACGCUGCAUCACCUUCGCAGAGGACAUCAACUCUUUCAAAUGCAGAGACGAGCUUCGAACCACCCUCAAAGACUGGAAGGCGGACAUUGUGCUGCACGACGGUGCGCCGAAUGUCGGUACCGCUUGGGUACAGGACGCCUACACUCAGUCUGAGCUGGUGCUCCAGUCCCUCAAGCUCGCAGUCGAAUUCCUGGCCCCUGGUGGUCACUUUGUCACAAAGGUUUUCCGAUCAAAGGACUACAACAAUCUGAUGUGGGUAUUCAAUCAACUCUUCCGUAGAGUGGAAGCCACCAAGCCCCCUUCCUCCCGUAACGUCUCUGCGGAAAUCUUCGUCGUCUGCCAAGACUUCAAGGCGCCCCGUCGCAUCGACCCCAAGUUCCUCGACCCGCAGCACGUCUUCAAGGACCUCGAGCCGCUCAAAGAGGCAGCAGGCGAGGGUACAUCUGGAGGUAUCGAUCCGGCGAUGAAGGGCACCAGCGCUCUCAAUGCGCACGCGAACGUCUUCGAGCCAGAGAAGAAGCGACGCAAGCGUGACGGGUAUGAGGAGGGAAACUACACGCAAUUCAAGGCCAUUACUGCGCAGGACUUUGUCAGAGGGCCGGACGCUGUCUCGAUGCUGGGUACGUACAAUCAGAUCACUUUCAAGACACCAGAGGACAAGGCACUCCUCGACCAUCAUGAAAGCAACGAGGAUAUCCGCGUCAACUGUGAGGAUUUGAAGGUACUCGGUCGCAAGGACUUCCGCAACCUCAUGAAGUGGCGUUUGGCCAUGCGUGAGCACCUGGGCAUCGAGACGCCCAAAGCAGCGCAGCCUGUUCAGGAGACGGUCGAGACGGAGGAGCUCGAGCCGAUGGAUUCGGAUGAGGAGAUGGACGCGGAGUUGGAGCGCUUGACCGAGGAGGAGCAACGCAAGUUGCGCAAGGAGAGGAGAAGGCGGAAUGAGGCGAGGGCGAAGAAGGUGUUGAAGAUGCAGCUGCAGAUGACUACGCCCAUGGACAUUGGUAUGGAGCAAGGGGACGCAGCAUUGCAGGGAGGGUCGGAAGACUUUUUCGAUCUGGGCAAUGGGCCGCAAGGCAAACCCAAGGCUAAGCCGCAGCUAGACGUCGAGGACGACGAGGAGAGCGAUGGCGGAGAGUCAACGACCAUCUCGAACAACGAAGACGACGAGGACGGGGAAGAACUCGACUCAGACGAGGAGCGCGAGCGUCGUCUGCGCCGCCUCGAAGGCGACAUGGACGGAAUGUACGAGGAGUAUCGCAACCACCUGUCCGACCGUGAUGCAAAGUUCCGCGCCAAGGAGGAGCGACGCAAGAACAAAGACCUCGAGGAGUGGGGCGGCAUUCAGGAGAACAAGGGCGAUGAUGACGGGGAGGACUCGGACGCUGCAAGCAGCGUGGGCGGGUACGAUGUCGUGCAGAGCAGAAAGGGCCGCAUCGACGUCGAUGAUUCUGAUUCGGACUUCAGUGACGAUGAUGAGCAGGAGGAGCCAGCGGCAGAUAAGGCUCGACGAGCUGCUGCCAAAGGAAAGUUGCGCGCAGUCGAGAGGUCAGCAGCGAAGCGCAGUCGGGCGGAGGAAGAUGACGACCUGGACGAGUCAUCCCUUGUGACCACGCUGGAGAGCAAGAAGGCGGCAGAGGCGAGGCAGAGCAAGGAGGCCGCGAUUUGGUUCGACAAUCCGCUCUUCAAAGGAAUGCCGGGCCUGGACGGCGCCGAUGUUGACGAUGACGAAGAUGAGGAAGAGCAAGAGGAUGACAGCGAAGUCGAUCAGGACGAGGAGGACGAGGACGAGGAUGAGGAGCCAAGCGAUGAGGAAGAAGAUGCCGCGUCCGACUUCGAGGUAGUCCCACGCGAAAAGGACGACGACGACUCAGAGUGGCACGUCACCGACCUGGACGUCGACGCCGAAAAGCAGCGCUUCAUCGACGAGCACGGUCUCACGACCGCCGAGGCCGUGACCCUGGCCCAGCAGCUUGUCAACAGAGAACGUACCAAAUCCGACCUCAUCAACGCGGGCUUCUCCAAGCAGAAUUUCACGGACAAGUCCGACUUGCCAGACUGGUUCCUCGACGAUGAGGGCAAGCACUGGAAGGCCAACAUCCCCAUCACAAAGGAGGCCAUGGCUGCUCUCCGUGCGCGUCAGAAGGCCCUCGAUGCUCGACCCAUCAAGAAGGUGGCCGAGGCGAAGGCGCGUAAGAAGUACAAGGCGGCUCAGCGCAUGGCCAAGGCACAGAAGAAGGCCGAGGACGUGCUGGCAAACGAGGAUGGGGAGAUGACGCAGAGGGACAAGGCGAAGAGCAUCACCAAGUUGCUGCAGAAGGGCGGGUCGAAGGCCAAGAGGAAGGAGACGCAGCUUGUCGUUGCCAAGGGGCCGAAUCGCGGACUGAAGGGUAGGCCAAAGGGCGUCAAGGGUCGCUUCAAGAUGGUCGACGGUCGCAUGAAGAAGGAGCUUCGCGCGCAGAAGAGGAUCGAUAAGCGUGAUGGGAAGAAGAGGAGUAGCGGGCAUGGAGGGAGGACCAAGGGAAAGCCGAGGGUGCCGAACGGCUAUGGAGGAGGUGGCGGCCGCUGAUCAGCGUGAUCGGAUCCGCCUUUGGCGUCUUGUACAUUCUCCAAUUUAUACAGCAUCACUACAUUCACUCGCACCGUCAUAUUUACAUUGCCUGC